UGAUUCAUAAAUACACCGCAAACCUGGCCAAAACUUUAUUCUUAUUCCUCCAAUAUUAUAACAUAUAUGAUGUAUAGCUAUUAAACUGAGGAGUUAAAGAACAAGGUAAAUAACCAUUUUCUUUUCAUCAACUUUGAAUUGUAGGAAAAUGGUUAGAAACUAUGGUUUCCUUGUCUGCAUUAUUGUCAUUGUCAUGGAUGUUGUUGCUGGCAUACUUGGAAUUCAAGCAGAAAUAGCUCAAAACAAGGUGAAGGAUUUGAAGAUGUGGGUACUUGAAUGUAGGGACCCAAGCUAUGAAGCUUUCAAGCUAGGAUUGAGUGCUUCAAUUUUAUUGGCCUUGGCUCAUGCAAUUUCUCACUUUCUUGGUGGGUGUAUUUGCAUAAAGUCCAAAGAAGAAUAUAAAAGAGCCACAUCUAAUAGGCAAUUAGCAAUGCUUUUCCUCAUUUUCUCAUGGAUAUUAUUAGGAGCUGCAUUUUGCAUGCUCAUCAUAGGCACAUUAGCCAACUCAAGAUCAAGAGAAUCGUGUGGGCUGUCGAAUCAUCGGUUUUUAUCUAUUGGAGGGAUUUUAUGUUUCAUACACGGAUUGUUUACCGUUGCCUAUUAUGUUUCGGCAACAGCCAUAACAGGGGAACAAAAGUAGUAGUAGGAUUCUUAAUAAUUACUAGUACUCGAGUGAUUUUUGAUUUUAUGUUUUAAAAAUUAAAAAUUAAUUUUACUUUUUAAUUUUUUUAAUUUUGUGCUGACUGCUGAGUGUCUUUAUUUACCUUUUUCAAUUAAAUUA